AUGUUUCAUACCUAUGCUAUUGCGAUUCUGUGCAUAAUUUGUGUUGAGUCCUUACUAAUUUUCAUUUGCAACGCUUUCACCAUAUUCGUCUUUUGGAAAAACCGUAACAAACUAAAGAGAACCACAUUUCUUCUCAUAAACUUAGCUGUGGCAGAUCUUCUUGUCGGACUCAUCCAGUUGAUAUCAACAGGAGCGUAUAAUACUAUACUUCAAAUCCAAACAAACAGCACACGAGCUGGCAUUGAAUCAGAAGAAUGGAUUUGGGCUGUGCCUCAAGUAUUGUCACCGUAUGCAUCAGUAUUUUUCCUUGCGCUCAUCUCACUGGAACGUGCAUAUGCUCUGAUAUGGCCGUUACGACAUCGAGUAGCAAGUAUCAAAGGCUAUAUUUACAGCGCUAUCUUUGUGUGGGCUUCUUCCAUAGCUCUUCAGACAUUGUCUUUGCUUGUUAUGUACUGUAAAAUUCUGAAUUUUGAUCACUUGAUAAUCGCAUUAUCUUGUAUAUCGGCUUUAUUCCUGAUUACAAUUUGUGCGUGCUAUUUGACAAUGCGAGCUAAACUCAGUUCCAUUGGAUUUGCUGCAGUUGCGGGCAAGGGGAAUUCACUAGAACAGAACAAGAAACUCUCCAAGGCGUUUUUCACUGUGACAGCUGCCUCUCUUGUCUGUUGGGCUCCAAGUAGUGUCGGUUACUUUAUUCUUCAUCUGAGUUCCAAGAGAUGUCCAAUGGCAGUUGUUCACAGUAUUUACAUUUUUUAUUUGGGCAAUUCUUUGGUGAAUCCCAUCAUUUAUAGUUUUAAAUUUCCCAUGUUUCGAAAAACUUUACGAAAAAUGAGACUAAAAAAGACUCAGUAUAAAGUCAGUUGAACAACACAGGCCUAUGAGCUUCUAGUUCUCAAGUCUAAAGAAAGCCAAGAACAAUUCCAGCUGAUUUCUAUUGGAACUUUAUACUUCGUUGAUAUCUAGUAUACUGAAGAAAAAGUUGCCGUACAGAUGCUGUGAAUCAGAAAAGGAACUGUACAUAAAGAAUCAGAUUCAAAUAGACUUUCUCGCCCCUUGAGAAUCGCUUAGCUGGAUGGCAAAAAGAUGACUUAAAUCUAGAUGCUAAAUUCUAUGAACUUAUAUUUGAGAAGAUGAUAAUAUGAUAGUUAGUGUACACAGUGUACACUGCACAUAACUUAUUUCCCUUCGUUUGCAUGUACCUACGUGUAAUUCAAAUGUUGUAAAACCAGCUGUCUCUGAAGUUAUUAAAAUGAAUGUACAUGACACUGAGUUGCUAAUGAAGGCAAGUUUGACUCCUUCAGUGUGUUUUAUGGAAAAAUUCUACUAAAAGUCCCUUUACUUACAUAGCCUUUGGAGAAUCAUAAAAAAACAGCUUAUUAAUCUUUUAAAAAAGGGAAUUUGAUUUUGCUUGCUGUGCCAAUUGUAAUGUAUGAUUUUGUAAUUAUUUCUUUCUAGAAGGUGAAGCUAUUAACAUUGCAAUAUUAUAAGUUUUUUUCAACCUCUUGUGUUUACUUUGCGUUGUAUGUAUUGCGAUGAAUCUUUUCUUUUACAAAAAAUCUUGGUUAUCUCAUUUACAUAAGAAACUUAAGUUUUUAAUCAUUUUUUUCAUAGAGUGAGAUCCAUUUCCUGAAAGUCUCAGUCAACAUUUCCUUAAUAAACAAUGCCAUUGUCUAGAACCUAGAGUUCGUUCGAUUAUAUUUGCUUUGUUUCUUCUUUUCUUUUUACUACAUCACAUAGAGAGUAUACUCCUUACUUAGCCUGCCACACAUGCGAUGAGCUGCUAUCAAAUGUUGGCAAAUUCCUCGAUUACUUUGUAAUUCAAUAAUGCCGGAUACAAGUGUUGUCGUAAUUCACGGCAUUAUUUUCAUUGAAUCCCUCGUUAUUUUCUUGGGUAAUACUUUCACCGUAUUUGUGUUUUGGAAAAACCGAAACAAAUUGAAGCGUACCUCAUUUCUUCUCAUAAACCUGGCUGUGGCAGAUCUUCUUGUUGGACUCGGUCAAAUGAUAACAACUGGAGGGUUUUACAUUCCACAUCAUAUCCUGACUAACAGUACUCUUAGUAAUGAUGUAUUGAAGCAAUGGAUUUUAGCUGUGCCCCAACUCUGUUCGCCUUAUACAUCGGUUUUCUUCCUUGUGCUCAUUUCGAUGGAACGUGCAUAUGCUCUGAUUUGGCCGCUACGCCAUCGAGUAGCAAGCUUCAGAGGCUAUAUUUACAGCGCCAUCUUUGUGUGGGCUGCCGCAAUAACUUUUGGUACAGUGACUUUGCUAGCUGUAAAAUCUGAAAUCCUGGAUAUCGGCCAUUGGAUGGUUGUAUUAUCUUGCAUAGCUGUUUUCUCUCUGAUUGUAAUUUGUGCUUGCUACGUGGCAGUAAGAGCUAGACUCAGUUCCAAUGGACUAGUGACAGUUGCAAACAGGGACAACUCACUAGAACAGAACAGGAAACUUUCCAGGACUUUGUUUAUUGUGAUAGGCGCCUCUCUUGUCUGUUGGGGCUCGAGUAGUGUUGCCUCUUUUGUUUUUCAUUAUUGUUUCAGGUGUUAUACUCGAUCCGUUUAUUACAGUUUUUAUAUAUUUCAUUUGGGCAAUUCUUUGGUGAAUCCUAUAAUUUAUAGUUUUAAAUUUCCCAUGUUUCGAAAAGCUUUGAAACGGAUGAGUCUAAAAAUGACUUCUAGACAAUAUCGAGUCAGUUGAACAACACAGGCCCGUGAGCUUCUAGUUCUGAAAGAAGAAAUCGCAGAUAUAGAGCUAUUUAUGAGUAUAAAGUAAGCGAAAUGUCAUUUUAACUGAUCCUUAUUCAACCUUUUCAUCUUGGCGGUGAAUCAGAAGAAAUUAAAGAAUCAGAUUCGAACAUCAUUUCUCAUCAUUAACCUGGCUGUUGCAAAUCUUCUUUUCGGAAUGAGUCAAAUGAUAUCAAAAGGAAGGGUAUAACAUUCUACGUUAAAUCCAAACGAACAGUAUAUGACAUAGCUUUGAAUCAAAUCUGUUGAUAUUAGCGGUACCUUAUUUAUUGUCACCUUUUGCAUCAGUAUUUUACCUAGCUCAUCUAGCAGGAGCGUGCAAAUGUUCUGAUUUGGCUACUACACCAUCGAAUAACAAACAUCAGAGGUUAUAUUUGCAGCGCUAUCUUAGUGUAGGCGACUGCAACAGCUCUUUAGACAUUGUCUUUGCAUGUUACGCAGUGUAAAAUCUUAGACUUCGAUCAUUUGAUGAUUGUAUUGCCUUACAUAGCGGCUUUUUCCCUGAUUGCUAUUUGUGCGUACUCUGCAACAAUACGAGCUAGACUCAGUUCCAGUGGAACAGAACAAGAAACUCUCCAGGGCGUUUUUCAUUGUGACAGCUGCCUCUCUUGUCUGUUGGGGUCCAGGUACUGUCAGUUGCUUUAUUUUUCUUCCGAGUUCCAAGAGAUGUCCGUUCGCAGUUGUUUACAGUUUUUACAUUUUUUAUUUGGGCAAUUCUUUGGUGCAUCCAAAUAUUUAUAGUUUUAAAUUUCCCAUGUUUCGAAAUACUUUACAAAAAAUGAGACCAAAAAAGGGUCAGUAUAGAGUCAGUUGAACAAUACAGGCCUAUUAGCUCCUGUUCUCAAAGGCAAAAUCGCGGAAACAAGGCAAUUUAUUGGUCUAGAAAAUGCCAAAAACAAUUCUGGCUGAUUCCCAUUGGACCUUUUUGCCUCGUUGAUUUCUAGUAUUCUAAAGAAAUAGUUCCCGCACAGAUGCUGUGAAUCAGAAAAGGAACUGUAGACAAAGAAUCAGAUUCAAAAAGCCUUUCUCACCCGUUGAGGGUGGCAGAAAGAUGACUUAACUCUAGGUGCUAAAAUCUAUGGACCUACUUUUGAGAGGAAGAUGAUAAUGUGUUAGUAAGUGUACACAUUUUACACUGCGCAUCAAUUAUUUUCCUUCAUGUGCGUGUACCUAUGAGUAAUUCAUGUAUUGUAAAACCAGCUGUCUUUGAAGUUAUUAAAAUGAAUGCUCAUUAUUUUGAGUUGCUAAUAAAGGCACGUUUGACUCCUUAGAUGUAUUUGAGGGAAAACUUAUACAAGAUUUCCUUUACUUUCAUAGCUCUAAGAGAAUCAUAACUGCUUACUAAUCUUUCAAAAAGGUGAAUUUGAUUUGGCUUGCUGUGCCAAUUGUGAUGUAUGUUUUUGUAAUUAUUUCCUUCUAGAAGGUGAAGUUAUUAACAUUGCAAUGUUAUAAGUUUUUCUUUAACCCCUUGUGUUUACUUUGCCUUGAAUGUAUUGCACCGAAUCUUUACUUUAAUUAAAAAUCUUGGCUACCUCGUUUGCAUAAGAAACUUAAGUUUUUAAUCAUCUUUUUCAUAGAGUGAGAUCCGUUUCCUGAAAGGCUCCAUCAACAUUUCUUCGAUAAACAAUCAUGGGCUAGAACCCGGAGUUCGCACAAUUAUAUUUACUUUGUUUCUCCUUUUGUUUUUUUACCUUAUCACGUAGAGAGUACACUCCUUACUUAGCCUGCCACACAUGCGAUGAGUUGUUGUCAAAUGUUGGCAAAUUCCGCGAUUACUUUUUAGUUCAAUAAUACCUGAUACAAGUGUAGUUGCAAUUCACGGCAUUAUUUUCAUUGAAUCCCUCGUUGUUUUGGGCAAUACUUUCACCGUAGUUGUGUUUUGGAAAAACCGAAACAAAUUGAAGUGGACCUCAUUUCUUCUCAUAAACUUAGCUGUGGCAGAUCUUCUCGUUGGACUCAGUCAAAUGAUAACAACUGGAGGGAUUUACAUUCCACAUCAUAUCCAGACCAACAUUACUCUUAGUAAUGAUGAAUUGAAACAAUGGAUUUUAGUUGUGUCCCAACUCUGUUAGCCUUAUGCAUCUAUGUUUUCUUCCUUGUGCUCAUUUCGAUAAAACGUGUAUAUACUCUGAUUUGGAGAAGCCAGCUUCAGAGGCUAUAUUUACAGCGCCAUCUUUGUGUGGGCUGCAGCAACAACUCUUAGGGCAUUAACUUCCCUAGUUGUGAAAUUUAAAAUCCUAAAUAUCGACUGUUGGAUGGUUGCAUUAUCUUGCGUAGCUGUUUUCUCUCUAAUAGUAACUUGCAACUUUUGUAACACGCGUGGAAUUAAUCGUUAAUUUUAUUCGGCCCAUGCGAUUACCACCACCAAAAGCUAAAAUUACCAGCAGUGUUAUUUUUAUAGGUAAUAGCAUGAUUUCGAGUGCAGUUUGGUGUUAAUAGACAAGAGUAAAUUUUCAAAGAUAAAAAAAUUGCAUAAGCCUAUAUGGAAAGUGCAAUUUGUAGACCCUGAAAACUUUGUAAGUGCUUAUUACGCCAAAUUGCAAGAGAAUUCAUGUUAUUUCUUGUUAAUAAUUUAAUGAAAAAUAAUCUCAGAAAGUCAAGACCAACGAAAUUUUGAAACGUGCGCGUACUCUUUGUACCUUGCACUCAUGUUACAUAAGAAUGCACUCGUUCUCAGCCAAUCAGAGGCGCGUAAUUUUUCCUUACGUUACUUACAUAAAAAAUGAAAAAAGCACCCAGUCUAUUCUUAACUAAAAGAUGUUGGGUGCCUUGUUAAUAUAAAAAAAUUAAUGAUAUCUUUAAUUAUCUUCUUCAUAGAGUGUAAUCCAUUUGCCGAAGUUCUUAAUCAAACCUUUAUUGACAAAUACAUUACGUAAUGGGUAUAUUCCUUCUUAUGUGAAAGCCUGCCACACAAAUGGUGAGUUGUGGUUGAAAGCUUGCAAAUUCUACAAUUACUUUUUUGUUCAAGUAUGACCGAUAAAGUGUUGUCAUGAUUUACUGCAUAAUUCUGUUUGAAUCCCUCAUUAUUUUCUUGGGCAAUACUUUUACCGUUUUUGUGUUUUGGAAAAACCGAAACAAAUUGAAGAGGACCUCAUUUCUACUCAUUAACCUGGCUGUGACAGAUCUUUUUGUUGGACUCAGUCAAAUGAUAUCAACUGGAGGGAUUUACAUUCCGGGUUAUACCCAGACUAACAGUACUCAUGGUGCCGGUGUAUUGAAGCAAUGGAUUUUAGCUGUGCCUUCCUUAUGUUCGCCAUAUGCAUCACUUUUCUUUCUCGUAUUCAUCUCACUGGAGCGUGCAUAUGCUCUGAUUUGGCCGCUACGACAUCGAAUAGCAAGUUUCAGAGGCUAUAUUUAAAGCGCCAUCUUUGUGUGGGCUGCCGCAACAACUCUUGGGGCACUGACUUUGCUAAUUGUGAAAUUCAAGUUCUUAAAUUUAGAUCAUUGGAUGGUCGCAUUAGCGUGCAUCGCGGCUUUAUCCUUGACUACAGUUUGCGCCUGCUACGUAACAAUACGAGCUCGACUCAGUUCCAAUGCACGAGCAACAGUUGCUAACAAAGACAAUACGCUGUAACAAAACAGGAAACCCUCUAGGACUUUGUUUAUUGUUAUAGGCGCCUCUCUUGUCUGUUGGGGCUCGAGUAGUAUUGCCUACUUUAUUUUUAAUCUGUGUUCCAGAUGUUAUCGUCGACUUCUUAUUGAAAGUUUUUACAUAUUUCAUUUGGGAAAUUCUUUGGUGAAUCCUAUCAUUUAUAGUUUUAAAUUCCCCAUGUUUCGAAAAGUUUUGAAACGAAUGAGACUUAAAGUGACUUCUAAACAAUAUCGAGUCAGUUGAACAACACAGGCCUGCGAGCGUUUAGUUCUCAGAGAAGAUAUUGCGGAAACAGAGCUUUUUAUUGAUUUAAAGAAAGCGAACUAUAAUUCUAGCUGAUGCUCAUUCGACCUUUUCAUCUCGGUAGUGAAUCAGGAAUGGAACUGACAAUAAAACAGAUUAAGAUUUCCUUUCUUGCCUGUUUGAGAAUCAUCUGACUGCACUGCAGAAAGAUGACUCAGAUCAAAGGUUUCACUUUGAAAUUUAUAAAUUUAGUACUGAGAAGAUAAUGAUAAUGUGUAAGAGACCACUGUACAUUACUAAUUUUCCUCUAUGUGUAACUUAAACCAGCUGUUUUUAAGCAAUUAAAAUAGAUGUGCAUUAUAUGGAGUUGCAAAUAAACGCGAGGUUGGCUUUCUCAAUAAGCUUGGUGAAAACUUCAAAAAAAUGUCCCUUUAGUUACAAAGCCUUUCGAGAAUCAAAAAACUGCUCAUUUAUCUUUUGAAACGGUAAUUUCGAUUUUGCUCGAUGUGCCAAUCGUAGAAAUAUGUUUUGAAAUUAUUUCUUUCUAGAAGGCCUUAUUGGUGUGGAAAUGUUAUAUAUAUAUAUAUAUAUAGAAUUUGCGCCUUAGAAGUCAAUAAAUUAUAUUUUUCCAUUAACCCCGUUAUGUUUACUUUGCGUUGUAUGCAGGCACCCAAACUAUACUUUUAAUAAAAUCUCGUGCACCUUAUUUAUAUAAGAAGGUUGCAUUUUUAAUCAUCUUUUAAAAAUUCUAAAGAAUGUCCUCUUGCUAACUCUGACCUUCGAGAAUCAUUCAAAUAUGCUUAUUCUUCGUUUAAAAGGGUCGAUUUGAUUUUACAUAAGGUGCCAAUUGUGGCAUACAUUUUGUAAAUACAUUUUGUUUUCCUAGAAGGAAAAAUUGUUAGCAUUGCUAUGUAAUAAUUUCAUUUAUCAACCCGUUACGUUGUAUGCAAUUAACGGAUGGAAAUGCAGACCAUCUUUUCUAUAAACGAAAAAUCGUUCGCUCAUAAUUAAUUUUGGGAACUCAAGUUUUUAAUUACCUUUGCCAUAGUGUGAAGUCUGUUGAAGAUCUUAAUCAAAUUUUUUCUUCUCUGGGUAAAUAUUGGUCAGAGCUUGUAGAAUGAUGUGUUUGUGUUUAUUUUUCCCCUGAAAUUUUUUUCCAACUGCAAUAUACAUGCCUCGAUCCUGAAUUUUUGCUUUAAGAAUCAUUAAAACUGCUUUUCAUUCUAAUUGCAUCGCAUUUUCUCAACGUGCUAAUUUUGGUAAAAUUAUUGUAAUUAUCAGCUCUGUCUUGGAAGGAGAGUUAAUGAUAUUGCUUAGUGAUUUUCUGUUUGUUAUUCCCUCUCUCGUACGGCUGUGUUGAUUACAAAUAAGUAAUUAAUUCAGUCUUAUUUCCAAAAAAAUAUUAUUUUGUUCUUUAUUAAUUUUGAAAGCUAAAGUUUUUAACUACCUAUUUUUGUAGUGGGAUUCGUUUGAUGAAGAUCUUAAUCACAACGUUUUUAGCUAAAUAUUGGUUGGAGUUAAUUGUAGAAGAUUUUUUUUUAUUUUACCUUUUUUGGUUAACUACAUCACAUCGUGGGCGUAUUUUUUUCUCAUAUAAAAGCCUGUUACGCAAGUGACAACCUGCUAAAAAAAAAGUUGGUAAAUUUUCCGAAUACUAAACACUUCAAGUAUGGCUAAUGCAACUUUUGUGAUCAACUGCAUUAUUCUCUUUGAAUCCCUUCUUAUUUUCUCUGGAAACUCUUUCACCAUUUUCGUGUUUUGGAAAAACCGUAACAAAUUAAAGCGGACCUCAUUUCUUCUCAUAAACCUGGCCGUGGCGGAUCUUCUUGUUGGACUCAGUCAAAUGAUAAUGACUGGAGGGUUUUACAUUCAGAUUCUUAGCAAACCAACAUUACUUCUGUUGAGGAUACUUUGA